UCCGCCCGGACGCCGUUUCCUCCGGGACGCGGUUUCUCCCGCCGGCCACUCCGCCGGCUCCGGAGUCGCUCCCUCGUUGGCCCGCCGGCCCCGGGAUGGCCCCGAAACUCCCGGACUCUGUGGAGGGGCUCCGUGCCGCCGGCAACCAGAGCUUCCGCAACGGCCAGUACGCCGAGGCCUCCGCGCUCUACGGCCGCGCGCUGAAGCUGCUGCAGGCGCGAGGUUCUGCAGACCCUGAAGAGGAAAGUGUUCUCUACUCCAACCGCGCAGCAUGCCACUUGAAAGAUGGAAACUGCACAGAUUGUAUCAAAGACUGUACUUCAGCACUGGCCUUGGUUCCCUUCAGCAUGAAGCCCCUGCUGCGUCGAGCAUCUGCCUAUGAGGCGCUGGAGAAGUACCCCCAGGCCUAUGUUGACUAUAAGACUGUAUUACAGAUUGAUAAUAGUGUGAUGUCAGCCCUGGAAGGCAUCAAUAGAAUGACCAGAGCUCUCAUGGACUCACUUGGACCUGAGUGGCGCUUGAAGCUGCCCUCUGUCCCUGUGGUGCCUGUGUCAGCCCAGAAGAGGUGGAAUACCAUGCCUUCAGAGAACCACAAAGAGACAGUUAAAAGCAAAUCCAAAGAAACAGCAACUACAAAGAGCAGAGUGCCUUCUGCUGGGGAUAUGGAGAGAGCCAAAGUUCUGAAGGAAGAAGGCAAUGAGCUUGUAAAGAAGGGCAACCAUAAGAAAGCUAUUGAGAAGUACAGUGAAAGCCUCUUGUUUAGUAACCUGGAAUCUGCCACGUACAGCAACAGAGCACUCUGCCAUCUAGUCCUGAAGCAGUACAAGGAAGCCGUGAAGGAUUGCUCUGAAGCCCUUAAGCUGGAUGGGAAGAAUGUGAAGGCAUUUUACAGACGGGCUCAAGCCUACAAGGCACUCAAGGACUAUAAAUCCAGCCUUGCAGACAUCAGCAGCCUCCUACAGAUUGAGCCCCGGAAUGGCCCUGCACAGAAGUUACGUCAGGAAGUUAACCAGAGCCUGAAGUAAAACCCCCAGUGGGCAGCAGGAACCCUCUGCCUGACAUCCCAGAGAAGCCUGGAGCCUCCUCCCCUGCAUCUACCCACCCCGGACACCCAGCAUGCCCCCAAGGGAGCUUCAGAGUACCCUCCUUAGCCCCUCUGAGAGGCUUUGCUUGUUCAAAUUAAGCCCAGUGUAAUCAAGCGCAGGACAUUGUUUUGGCAGAAAGGUACCUUCUAAGCUGAAUGGGUAGUUGGGAGUCCUGUCCCCAUCCACCUGCCUCAGACAGCAAAUGGUUGGCUUUGUCCUGCAGGCUGCCCCUGUGGCUUCCCCAGACCCAGCCUUUCUGCAGUUAAUCCGAACAAACUGAGCUGGGGUAGGGAAGGUUUGACAAGUGAAAACUCCUGACCCACCUACACCCAGAGCAGCCUGUUGAGCUGGUUCUCCAGGGCUGCCAUCUCCCCAAGGGCACAGUCUGCUGUGUCUGCGCCCCAGUGCCUUUAGUCGGGCCCUCCUUUGGGAAGGCAGAGCCCUGACCUGUGGAGUCUCUGUCCUUGACUCUGUGCUGCUGCCUUCUGUGUGGAGCUACCUAAGCUAUUUCAAGAGCUCAGUGGUGAUGGCCGUUCUCCUGGGAUGGAGAGAGAGGCCUCUUUGAGGUCAGUAUCCUUCCAGUCUGGGCAGGAACUUGCCUUUUUCCCCCCAAACAUGGCCCCUCAGGCUUCUUAGUUCUUUGUAAUAUGUUGAAGUUAAUUUGGACUGAUUCUGUUGAACUGUGUUUAAGCUCUUGCAUUAAAAGGCUUUUACAGGUG